AUGAUCUCUACAACAUAUGCAAUUUUAGCAUUUUGCUUUAUGUAUGUAAAAUUCGUCCAUUCUAGUGACACUGAUUUUACAAAGGAAACAGAAACAACUGAAUGCCGACCAGGAUACACUGGAGAGAACUGUGGUAUCCCGUGUCGACAUCCCAGCUACGGUCCAGCUUGUCAGGAGAGAUGUCAUUGUACAGAAAUAAAAUGUGACCACGUCACAGGGUGUAAAGUAUGUCCGAUUGGUUAUACUGGUGAUAGAUGUGAACUCCCGUGUCGAUUUCCAACUUAUGGUGAUCUUUGUCAGAUGGAGUGCAGUUGUGCUGAGGAAUUUUGUAAUUUUACUUACGGAUGUUCACCUGGCAGCACAAAUGGCAAGUUAUUCACAUUUGUUAUUUGA